AUGGCUACAAAGUUCCGAUCAUAUAGUGUACCUGCAUUGGAGAGGCCAAAUACGAUACCAGGGAAAGAAAUUAAUUCCAAGUGGGAAGGUUCCGUAAAAACACGGUUUUCUUCAGCUUUAGAUAGAAUUUUCAAAAGGAAAUGUUCAAUUUGUUACCCUUUGUCAGGUAUCAAUACUGAAAUUGCAAAAAUUGAUGAAGGCGCAGGAGGGGAGGUGUGUACGGAUGAUAGCAGUGAAUCGGACAGUAUCUUGGACAGUGAAGAAAUGUCGUUAUGGAACUUUGCGGAAGGACAAACAGAUCUUCAGUUCGCGUUUGAUAAUCAGCUUUAUUUAGACAAUCUAGAGCCGGAAGUGAUUUUGAAAUUUUCUUGCAUUAAAAAGACUCGUUGCCUUAGUGACGCAAGCGACGUCCUGUAUAUUGGCAGUGGUAAGAGUGUUGUUGUCGAUAUGGCUGGAAAUCGUGUGCUACAGUUCAACAAACGUGGAAAGUCAUCAUUUACGUAUAAAACAGGUCAUAUGGUUGAGCCUUGGGCUGUAGCAGUCAACUCAGAAGACAUCAUUCACGUGACUUCAAGGAAAGGUAGAUGUAUUACGCGGUUUUAUCAAAAUAGAGAAAUAAAAAAGCCCAUCAAAAACAUACAUUUUAACGCACCCUCUGGCAUCGCUUUUGGUAAAGAUGAUCAGUUUUUUGUAACUGAUGUAGGAUCGAAUCUGCUUACAGCUCACGAACCAGACGGUGCGUUAAUCUCCACUAUCGGCAACAGCAGAUCACCAACACAAGACCUGGUUCGCCCUAGAUACGUCACGGUCGCCCCUAACAAUAAUAUUAUUGUUUGCGAUUCGGGAAAUCAUUCUCUGAAAGCGUUUGAUUCGGAAGGUAAUUUUGUACAAAAAAUAGGUGAGCGCGGGAAAGGCGAGGGACAACUUAAAUGCCCGUAUGGUGUAUGUACGGAUUUCUCUGGCAAUAUCAUUGUUGCCGAUCAUUACAACAAUCGAGUGUCUUUCUUUUCCAAGUCAGGACAGUAUAUACGUCAACUUGUUACGUCAGUAGACGGUGUGACACUUCCACAAGGUGUGUGUUUAACGUCUAACCAUAGAUUACUCGUUACACAUGGAGGACUCAAGGCAAACGAAGUUCUGCUGUAUGAUCUUAGAAACAACCAGUUGGAUAACACAUCUCCAGAUAGAAUUUUUCUAGUCUGA